CUCGGACUUUAGCAAAAAUGGCGUCCAGCGUGGAUGCGAAGCUGAUUAGGCGGACUAAGUUCCCCCCUGAGUUCAAUAAGAAGGUGGAUAUGACCAAGGUUAAUAUUGAGGUUAUGAAGAAAUGGAUCGCAAGUCAAAUCUCCAAGAUAUUGGGCAAUGAGGAUGACGUUGUUAUCGAGCUCUGUUUCGCACAUCUCGAGGGACCACGCUACCCCGAUAUCAAAUCUCUCCAAAUCCAACUCACCGGAUUCCUAGACAAAGAUACCCCCAAGUUCUGUCAAGAGCUGUGGUCGUUGUGUCUAAGCGGUCAGGCCAAUCCACAGGGCGUCCCGAAGGAGCUUCUCGAGGCUAAGAAGCUUGAGCUCAUGCAAGAGAAGGUGAUUCUCGAUGCCCAGAAAGCCAGUGAAGCGCUCCGACGCCAAAGGGAACAAGACCAAAACCGCGAACGAGAGUUGGACGAUGUGAGACGCCGCGAGCGACCAGACCGCGGACGUGGAGGAAGAGGUGGUGAUCGUGGUGAUCGCGGUGGCCGUGGAGGUCGAGGACGAGACUUCAACAGACGAUCUUCGCCUACCAGAGACCGCAGCCGAGACCGAUUCCGUGAACCUCUACCGCGACGUGACUUUGACUCCUACGUGCCACCUGGUAAUCGUCCCGGCCGCCGGCCAUCCAGAUCUCCACACGGAACUCGUUCUCCAUCUCGAUCCCCAAAGCCAUCGUCCCCAUCUCGCCGAAACCGUGACGAGCCACGCCACAGGCGACGCUCAGUAUCUCCCGAGCGACGCAACCGCGGAGGAGCGAGAAGACGCAGCAGUCCGGAUUACGGUGACCGUGUUAAAGCAAGACCCAUUUCCCGCAGCCGUUCCCCGCGCUCACGUUCCCCCAGAGGAGACCGCCGCCGAAAAAGCUCCGUCUCUCGCAGCCGCAGUGUAUCCUCGCCGCCUCGCCACACCCGGCGCAAGGCAGACUCUCCCAAGUCCGUAUCUCCCGCUCGAUCCCGCCGCUCAUCUGGACGCCAUGCCCGCCGCGAUUCUCGUCGCUUGAGCCGCAGCCGCAGCCCUGACCGUAUUGGUACACGUGAUCGUGGUGAGAACCGUCGACGCCGCAGCCCCAGCGGUGGUCGGAGCCGUAGCCGCAGCCGCAGCCGCAGCGCCAAGAAGGAUACUGACGGCAAGCGGCGCCGCUCUAUGGAAAGAUACAACCCUGAUGAGAAACGACGCAAGAUGGCUGAUGAGAAUGAGGACUCCACCCGAACCCCCUCGAAAGCUGAUGAACCGUCCAAAACUGAUGACAGUGAGACAAAGGUUGCCGAGCAGGUUGGUCAUUGAGAAUAGAGAUUCCUGGUCCAACCUCCACCUUGUAUCCUUUACCACCCAGAUUCAAUUCCUACUUAAUACCAAGAAACCGCUUUCAGCGUGGAUACAUUCAACUGAGUUCCGUGAGAAAUUACUUCGUGAGAGAUGUAUUGCUAUGCGUCGCCCGUCUAGCGAGAAGCCAAGCAGUGCCUCACAGCCAAAGCAGGACUAAACGAGAGCAGCAUGAACUAGUGGGAGGGAUUAACACUGGCCGUUUGUGACUUGAACUUUGAGAUUUACGCCAACGAAAUGUGUGCGUUUUAGCGCUGUACAUGUACUUUUUCACAAUUCC